CGGCGCUCCAACUUAACCUCCCACCUCACCCCCAACCCCGACCCAUUCGCCUCAGCUCUUACCCCUUGAACUCCCCGCAGUCGAUCGCUUGUGGUGAAAGAGCUUCCAGUUCCCUUGAUCGCUCUGCAGCUCGUUUACCGCCUACCUCCGUCCUCAGCUCCCCCUCCCUCACUCCCACGAUGGCGAGCCCACCGCCGGUCGCCGAGGACCAAAGCCGCCUCCUCGAGGAGGCAUUGGGAGUGGUGAGGCAACAGUCAACGAUGAUGCGCAAAUGUUUAGAGACUCCUGGCAAGCUCAUGGAUGCGCUCAAGUGCGGUUCAACUCUUGUCUCCGAACUACGAACCCCUAGCCUUGGUCCGAAGCAGUAUUAUGAGUUGUACAUGGCCGUUUUUGACGCGUUGCGACACCUGUCCGUCUACCUCAAGGAGAACCACCCGGUCAACCACCUGGCGGAUCUCUACGAACUGGUUCAAUAUGCUGGAAACAUUGUUCCCCGUUUAUAUCUGAUGAUCACCGUCGGCACAGUUUACAUGUCCGUUGAGGAUGCGCCGGUCAAGGAGAUUAUGAAGGAUAUGAUGGAGAUGAGCCGUGGCAUUCAGCAUCCCAUCCGUGGCCUUUUCCUACGAUACUACCUGUCCGGUCAGGCGCGCGACUACCUUCCAUUGGGAUCGGGCGAUGGCCCUGAGGGCAACCUGCAAGAUUCAAUCAAUUUCGUUUUGACCAAUUUCGUGGAGAUGAACAAGCUCUGGGUUCGGCUGCAGCACCAGGGUCCAUCCAGAGAGCGGGAGAGGCGGAUACAGGAAAGGCGCGAGUUGGAGCUGCUUGUUGGCAGCAAUAUCGUUCGGUUGAGCCAGUUGGUCGACCUUGAAGGAUACAAGUCUGGCAUCCUGCAAGCCCUUCUGGAGCAAGUGGUACAGUGUCGCGAUGUCCUGGCGCAAGAAUACCUUCUCGAAGUGAUCACGAAGGUUUUCCCCGACGAAUUCCACCUCCACACCCUGGACCACCUAUUGUCUGCUAUCGCUCGACUCCACCCACACGUUGAUUUGAAGAAGAUCGUGAUCGGAUUGAUGGAUCGCCUGUCCACUUACGCGACAAAGGAAAACGAAUCCACGCCAGAGCCAGAGGCGCGAAAACAAAAUGAGGAGGAAGCGGUAGUUCGGUUGUUGGAAAAACUCGAAUUGGACAAGGAGCAGAAGAAGAAGCAAGCAGAAGCAGAAGCGACUGCUGCAAAUAAGGCACAGGAGAAUGGCACUGAGGAGCCCUCGAAGACGGAAGAGUCUACCGAGUCUCCGAAGGAACAGAGCGAUAGCCAGGAACAGGCUGCAAAUGGAGACGAUGCCAAACCCGCCAUUCCCGCAGAAGUCAAGCUAUACGAUAUCUUCUAUGAUCAGGUGGUGAAUUUGAUCAAGACGCGCGCACUGCCGAUCCAAGAUACCAUGGCACUUCUGGUAUCCCUCGUCAACCUAGCACUAAACAUCUACCCAGAUGAGCUGCAUUAUGUUGAUCAGGUCCUAGACUUUGCGACUGAAAAGACCGGUGAAUAUACCGACCACGCCGAUCUUCACUCGGCCCCCACUCAACAGCACAUCCUCCACCUUCUCAGCGCUCCUCUUCGCUCCUAUGUCUCGAUCUUCACAGCUUUGGCGUUGCCGCAUUAUCUGCCUCUUCUGACAUCACAGUCAUAUCCCACCCGUAGGGCGGUCGCCGGCGAGAUUGUGCGGAGUCUACUUAAGAAUAGGACCCUGAUCACGACGACGGAGAACCUUGACCGUGUGUUGCAAGUUGCCCGAGUUUUGAUCAAGGAGGGUCUGCAACAGUCUGCCGGAUACCCCGGCGCACCGUCGCAGCGGCGUGGCGGGGAGACAGACGAGACGAUUGAGGAGCAAGGAUGGCUUGCCAGGUUGGUGCACUUGAUCCAGGCGCCCGAUAAUGACACCCAAUUGAAGCUUCUCCAAUCAACUCGUAAAGUAUAUGCCGAUGGCAACGAGCGCAUCAGAUACACCACGCCAGCUCUUGUUACGGCCUCAAUUCGCUUGGCCCGUAAAUUGAAGUCCCGCGAGCAUUACGACGACAACUGGCAGUCACAGUCGUCCGCUCUCUAUCGCUUCCUGCACCAAUGCGUCAACAACUUGUACCAACGGGUGAACCCCGGCUGUGCCGACCUAGCCCUCCGAUUGUUCGUGAUGUGUGGUGAAGUUGCAGACCAAACAGGAUUCGAGGAAGUCAGCUACGAAUUCUUCGCGCAAGCAUUUACCAUUUACGAAGAUGCGAUCAGUGACUCUCGAGCUCAGUUCCAGGCUGUCUGCAUCAUUGCAGGUGCCCUGCACGGAACCCGAGGGUUCUCCAAGGAGAACUACGAUACAUUAAUCACCAAGGCUGCCCUUCAUGGAAGCAAGCUUCUCAAGAAGCCUGACCAGUGCCGUGCGGUGUACCUUGCCAGCCAUCUCUGGUGGGUAGUUGAGAACCCUCAGCGUGGGGAAGAGGAUCCCAAAAACCUCUACCGCGAUGGCAAACGGGUUCUCGAGUGCCUCCAGCGUGCCCUCCGUGUUGCCGAUGCCUGCAUGGACACGGCCGUUUCCGUGGAGCUAUUCGUCGAAAUUUUGAACCGCUACGUGUAUUAUUUCGACCAGCAAAACGAAACCGUCACGACCAAGUAUCUCAAUGGGCUAAUCGAGCUCAUUCAUUCCAACCUUCAGACUAGCGAAGACGAACCAAACCCGAGCCUCGAGGGUCCCAAACGCCACUUCGAGCGCACAUUGGAGUACAUCAGGUCCCGCGACUAUGAAGGCGUUGUAACCGAGCGGCAGUAAAUUCACACUGCGGAUUGAAAAAGGUACCGGUUUGCUCCCAACCGGGCCAGGCUCGUGUAUAGAUUGAGGUGGUUCCUCUCGUGAGGAACUGUCAGUCUUGUUGGCGCGGGAUCCUGGAAUCCUGGUUUCUCCUUGGUCUUGUCCUUCCAUUCCCUUUCUCUCUUGUUCUCUUCUGGAAGCCGGCCCUCUGCCAUGUUGCUUUUCUCUUUUUGGUUCUUGAGUAUAUACAAGUGUACCAUUGUCACUGGACAACAUUCCAUACCCUUCCUUCUUCAUCCACUACCUAUUUGCUUCCUACAAAGAUUAAUAAGUUCAAUUCUCCAAUAAGGAGAAUCACUAGUCUUAUACGUUCAAUCUCUGUCCAAAAUGAGUAGACAGAGUAACAAACUACAAGAUGGAAUCCAAAGAUAAUGGCAAAAGACGAAGAAACCUUCGAUCAUGCAAUUGGGUCAAGGACGAUGAAGGAGAGGGAGAUUGUCCCAUUCUCCACGGAUAUCGCUGCAUAAUGCAGAAAGGCCAGUAAACACAAAGAAUCAUACCGUACACAUAAUACCAACCCAGGAUGCCCCAGGUCCAAGUCCAGCAGCCGACCGACUUGGACACAAAAAUAAGAAACCCAUAUCGAUGAGGAAAGAUCAAGAUAGUUCAGAACGUGGUGGAUGAGACGUUAACCCGUGACGCUUGAAUUCAAAAGAGGAACGCAGAUGAGGAAAAUGGUGUGAAAGGGGUGGAGAAAGAAGAGUCAUGUUAGAUAUCAUUCCCAUAAGAUCGGACAAGGUGGACGGCCCAAGGCCCCGAGCGAUCAAAUGGACUCGUAAAAAAGCAGAAACUUAGGCAGUUCCGCCAAACAAUCCAGCCGCUGGCGAAGAGUACUGUCGCAGCGCCGAGGAAGCAGGCGCGCCGAAUCCACCAAAGACAGCUGGAUUGCUGUUUGCAGGAAUCGGACUACCGAUAUCACCCGGCACGAUGCUGCCUCGAUGUCCUGUAACGGCGCUGUUCGUGUCUGGCUCGAACUUGACGAAUUGGCCCUUCCCUUCAUUCUUGAUGGAGAAAGAGCCACCGCCAUUUUGAGAACUGCCUUCCGUAUCGCAGAUCUCAAGCAUCUCAUCCAGGGAGAUUGCCGGCUCAGAGGGAGACCGCAGCUGCUCUGCCUGGUCGAGAACGAGGUUCACAUCAUGAUAGCCACCCGAGCCAGCGCGUGGGCUUAGACUGUUAAGGUACUUGCAGGCUUGAAUUACCAACAAGCGGACAGUGACAGGGCGAGAGGUGUGUGGUCGAUGAUGGCCACUAGCUGCAAAGGCAUUGUGAGACCAACCGGUUCCUGUCAGAGUCAUUAGCACAGUGACGCAACAACUUCA